AUGCUCGUGCUCGUGCCGCCGCAUCCGCUGUUGAAGCACUGGUUGGGGGUGGCGAGAAACGUGCAGACGCCGACGCCGAUUUUCCGAGCCGCCAUGGCGGAGAUUGGACGGAUUCUGAUUUACGAGUGCGGCAGAGAUUGGUUGCCAACGUUCGAGGCGCAAGUGCAGGGACCGCUGGCGAUCGCGGACGUUGAAUUCGUGAACCCCGAGAAACCGGUGGCGGUGGUGCCGAUUUUACGCGCCGGGUUGACGCUCUUGGAGGAAUCGGCGAGCGUGCUUCCGUCGAGCGUGACGCAUCAUCUCGGGUACGUGCGCGACGAAAAGACGCUCGAACCGAAGAUGUACCUCAACAAGCUCCCCGCGUCGUUCGCGGAAGACGCGCAAGUGUUGAUUAGCGACCCGAUGUUGGCCACGGGCGGCACCAUCGUCGCCGCCGUCGAAGAAAUCGUCUCCCGAGGCGCAUCUCCGUCCAACAUUCGAAUCAUCUGCGUCGUCGCCUCUCCACCGGCGUUGACUCAACUUAGCGAGCGAUAUCCGGGCCUCCGCGUGUACGCGGCGAUGAUCGACGAGGUCUUGAACGACGACGGCUACGUCGUCCCCGGACUCGGCGACGCCGGCGACCGCGCCUUCGGCACGUAA